CUGCAGCUUUAACUGUUGAAAUUUUCUGUGCUCGAUAGCCGUAAUUAGUCGAGUUUUGCAAGACACAGUCGAACUGCUUUUCCCCGGAUUCAUAAUGCACUUUGUGUACGGAUCUACAACCGAUGGACCACAGACCUUCAAUGCUGUUAACGUUCGAAACAGUCGGGGUCAAUUCGAAUACGGUCGUGUCAUCAACGUCUUGGAAAACGGCCUCGUCGUGGACUUUGAUUGUCCCGGAAGGCGUUCUGAACUGGUCGAACAUGGGAACGUCUACCGAACUCAAAAUUGGUUCUUCCAAGCGCCGGUAGUCGAGCUGUACAAUAGUUUAUUUAAAGAGUACGCCACGGCCCAAAUCGAAGUGCUCAUGCGUGAAUCCCUCGACCGCCCCUUGGCUUGGUACUCUGCUAAAUUCCUGGUGCAGCGUGCGUACUGGAACAGCGUUGUGCUGACCGAGGUUCAGUUGGAACAUGGGACUCUACCGGUACUAGUUCCAGCCGGCCAUAUUCGCAUGGUAUCCUCGCCCGAAGAGCAAGACGAGGAGAGAAUCAUAAACGACUAUUUUGUAAUCAGAACUCGCCAGCUGCCAGAGACGUAUCAAGAACUGAUCGGAACCGAUUUGCCAAUGUGGCAUAUGUGGGAUGGAUUCAAAGAUGCCUUGAUAUGGCGCGGUCGUGUGUACCCGGUUUGUGUCCUGGAUGGAACGCUCGUGUAUGUAGAAGCGCGGGAACGAAUUAUUUACUUUGCGGAAAACAUGAUGGAGCAUAUUAAGGAUGCAGUAAAUGACGUUACCAACAAGAUAAACGAACCACUGUAUUGUCGCAAAACCACCAGCCCCGCGUUUGGGCCCACGUCAUUUGAAACCGACGAAAGCGUACAGAACCAGUUUACGCGGCUAUCGGAGCUCCCACCGUGCAUUCUCUCUGAAAUCUUCCAGUAUGUGCCACCCGACGAACGAGCACAGUAUCGCCGCGUGUGCGCGCUCUGGGAUCUCCUGCUUAACCGGGACGUGGCCUUUCAGCACAUCUCGGUAUCUUGUAGCUGGCAGCGUUCAUCGUACUCACGGCGCGGGUACCAUUCCGAAGAUUAUACAGCAGGGCUCUGUCUCCUCAAAUGCGUCACACGCGCCACAUCUUCCAUUGUCAUCACCGAUGCUCAGGACUACAAAUAUCGAGACUGGCUAGGCGACAUUUUACGGUUAAUUGCCGCGCUAUGCAAGCUGCGCAAAAAACCAAAUAAACUAAAGGUGGUGUUUUGGCGAUGCAGACCGCAGUUCCAAUCGGUGCUGUAUGGAGUGAAGGCGUUGGCAUCCGCCUGCAAUCGUGUGUCACCCGUGUGCGAUGGAAUUAUGUGGCGAGAAUGCGCGCUCUCUGUACGCUGUAAAUAUAUUGAUACCGCUUCAGUUCCUUAUGGAGUUAUUAAUCCGGGAUCCGCAAACAUCAAAGCUGAUCUGUACGACCUUUUCGAGAAAGGCCUACCCGGUGUGGACUUGGCUCGUUUGUCGCAUUGGAUUACCAGCGUUGUUCGUCCAAGCCGUAAUUCUCAUUUUCUCAAAGAUAUCGAAUGGCUGCUAUUAGACUGUCAGCACCACGAUCAGGAAACCAAGUGGACUAAAGCGAAACUGAAACGGUUAGAUGUUGCCCAAUUAAGCAGCUUUUCGAUUUAUGCUCUGGAUGAAAAAAUGAGGAAAGAGAGGCCGAAGUGAGGCUGUGCAUUCACAGUGCUGCCGCUACCCCGUUGAGCAGCUGUUCGUAAGGGUCACUCAAUACGACUACCCGGAAUCGAAACAUGAUUACACUGCAUUUUCGUUUUCCUUGUAAGAACCUAUCAUUCUGUUGCGCAGAAACUAGAAAAGCAUAGGUCUUUGUCGCGAAAACAGGUGCAACGGUUUAGCUCGAAAUUCCCGAAUCGCAAGACGCGCGAGCAUUAAAGAGUGUUGAUU